UGAGAGAGGGAGAAAGAGAGAGAGGAGCAGGAGCGCGCAUCUGCCUUCUGUCAAAAGUGACAGCUGUGUCCACUGCCUCCCCUGUAAAGGCAACCUACCAUUAUUCCACAACGAGCUUCAUCAGACUGGCUGCUUCUGAGGUCUCGUGCCUCAGGUCUGCUGUCUCGCGUUGUUCUUAUAUUUUUGUUUCAGAAUAUGUUUCAGUGAGCACAUCCAUGCGUUAGCACAGCACGCAGCGACAUUUCAUCUGACGGCGCGAGAGUUUCGAGUCCCAAAACUCGAAGCAAGACAUUUGCUUUCAUACAAACCGUUUUCUUUUAUUUUGCAUUUAGACUCGGCGAUUUUUCACUUUCGCGAGGAACCCUUUAGCAUUCACGUGUCCUUUUUGUUUAUUGCUGGGGCUAAACACUUGUUUCUUGUACAAUGUGUACAAGUUCUAGAUUAUCGUAUUUUGUCUUGCUCGGUCGUCCUUGAAAGAGAGAGAGAACCAGAAUAAGAGGGCUCUUGAAUCUGUCCACGCGUGAAAAUGCCUGUGCGCCGGGGACACGUCGCUCUUCAGAACACUUAUCUGGACACCAUCAUCCGGAAAUUUGACGGGCAAAAUCGUAAGUUCCUGAUUGCUAACGCCCAGGUGAAGAACUGUGGGAUUAUCUACUGCAAUGAGGGCUUCUGUCAGAUGUUUGGUUUCUCGCGGGCAGAGAUCAUGCAACAGUCCUGCACGUGUCAGUUCCUGGUGGGGCCGGGCACUAUAAAGAGCGCCCUGGGACAGCUGGCACAGGCCCUGCUCGGGUCAGAAGAGCGCAAGGUGGAGAUCCUGUUCUACUCUAAGGAAGGGGCGUGUAGGCCAUGUUUAGUUGAUGUCGUUCCAGUAAAGAAUGAGGAAGGAGUCGUAAUCAUGUUCAUCCUAAACUUCCAGGAGUUUUUAGACCCAUCUAUGAAAAAAGGUGGCAUUAAACAGCGGAUGGCACACAGCUGGCUACAGGCAGGUCAGAGACGCAAGAUGAGACUUAGAAUGCCCUCUCUCCGUGUCAAACGGCAGCCGUCCCUCCCUCAGGACCACUUUGAAGGAGUGGUGGUGGACUACCUACAGCCCUCUCAUGAGGAGGUGGCCCUGAAAGACCUCCAGAUGUCUCCAGACAGCUGCUUAAAAUCAGAGACCCAGGCCUUGAUUCAGCAGACCUCAUGUUCCCUCUCAUCCCCACUCUCACGGCCCUCAGACUGGCUAGAGCCUGGCGGACCCCCUCUCAAACACAGCCACUCCAGAGAGAGCGUAUGCAGCCUGCGUCGGGCAUCCUCACUGCAUGACAUCGAGGGCAUGAGGGACCAGUGGAGCGAUCUGAAGCCCACUAACUUAAACUCCACCUCAGACUCAGAUUUGAUGCGGCACCGGGCCAUUGGCCGCAUCCCUCAGGUGACGAUAUCUUUCGGCUCGGACCUCAGACCACCUUCCCCCACAGAGAUCGAGAUCAUAGCACCCAGCAAGAUUAAAGACCGCACACAGAACGUCUCAGAAAAGGUCACUCAAGUCACGCAGGUACUGUCACUCGGGGCAGAUGUGCUUCCCGAGUACAAGCUUCAAGCUCCACGCAUCCACAAGUGGACAAUUCUCCACUACAGCCCGUUCAAAGCAGUAUGGGACUGGAUCAUCCUACUCUUGGUGCUCUACACAGCCGUCUUCACACCCUACUCCGCUGCCUUUCUCCUCAACGAGCAGGAGGACGAGAGGAGGCGCACCUGCGGCUACACCUGCAACCCCCUCAAUGUAGUGGACCUGGUGGUGGAUGUCAUGUUCAUUAUCGACAUCCUCAUCAAUUUCAGAACCACUUAUGUCAAUCACAACGACGAGGUUGUCAGCAAUCCUGUUCGCAUCGCUCAGCAUUACAUCAAGGGCUGGUUCCUCAUAGACAUUGUGGCUGCGGUUCCCUUCGACCUGCUCAUUUUCAGAUCAGGUUCAGAUGAGCCUCAAACCACCACUCUGAUUGGCCUUCUAAAGACUGCACGGCUGCUGAGAUUGGUGCGAGUAGCGAGGAAACUGGACCGUUACUCUGAGUAUGGCGCAGCAGUUCUCUUCCUCCUCAUGUGCACCUUCGCCCUCAUCGCCCACUGGCUGGCAUGCAUCUGGUACGCCAUUGGAAAUGUGGAGCGCACCAGCUCUGCCCGUAUCGGAGGCAUGAAGAUCGGCUGGCUGGACAACCUGGCUGACCAGAUUGGCAAGCGCUACAAUGACAGUGACUCCUUCUCCGGCCCCUCCAUCAAGGAUAAAUAUGUAACUGCACUGUACUUCACUUUCAGUAGUUUGACCAGUGUGGGAUUUGGAAACGUCUCUCCUAACACCAACCCUGAGAAGAUUUUCUCCAUUUGUGUCAUGCUCAUUGGCUCCCUGAUGUAUGCCAGUAUCUUUGGCAAUGUGUCUGCUAUAAUUCAGAGGUUGUAUUCAGGCACAGCUCGCUACCACACUCAGAUGCUACGUGUGAAAGAGUUCAUCAGGUUCCAUCAGAUCCCAGGAGGCCUUCGGCAACGACUGGAAGAAUAUUUCCAGCACGCCUGGUCCUAUACUAAUGGCAUCGACAUGAACGCUGUGUUAAAGGGUUUUCCGGAGUGUCUGCAAGCUGACAUCUGUCUGCAUCUGAACCGCAGUCUGCUGCAGAACUGUACGGCAUUCCGGGGGGCGAGCAAGGGUUGUUUGCGUGCUCUGGCCAUGCGUUUUAAGACCACCCAUGCCCCACCUGGAGACACUCUGGUGCACAGUGGAGACGUAUUGACCGCACUAUAUUUCAUCUCCCGCGGCUCCAUAGAGAUCCUCAGAGAGGAUGUCGUGGUGGCCAUUUUAGGUAAGAAUGACAUUUUUGGGGAGCCCAUCAGUCUAUACGCCAGGCCAGGGAAAUCAAGUGCGGACGUGAGGGCUCUGACGUACUGUGACCUGCACAAGAUCCUGAGAGACGACCUGCUGGAAGUGUUGGACAUGUACCCCGAUUUUUCAGACAACUUCUGGAGCAACCUGGAAAUCACAUUCAACCUUCGAGAUGCAGACAGAAUCAUGCAUCAAACCCCAAGCGAGGACUCAGACUGUGGGUACCGUCGGCCCAGACAUCGGAGGAACCCCCUACAGCGAAAUCGGCCUGGUAAUGAUGGGAUGGACCGAGAUGGAAUGGACACGUACCCAGUCCAGUCCUGUUCCCCUGUGGGGAACCAUCGGGGGGCAAUACCGCUCUCACACUGGGAUGAGUUAUGCAGCAAUGCCAGUGCUGCUUCCCUGUCCAGUGAGGAGGACAUGAAGCCCCUGGUGUCCGACCGAGGGGAGAUGUACUCACCAGGGACAGAGAUGCAGGAAUACUCUCAUUCUGCAGUCAGCCAUCUGCCCCCGGGCAACAGCACAGCUUCUGCCACGGGAGGAACACUGGGAGGGGUACAUCCGUACACAGCAGCUCCUCUGAAUGUGUCGGGGUUAUACAGCUAUUUGCCCGACCGCAGGGCCAGUCAGUACUCUGAGAGUAAGAGACAUUCCUCUGCAGUGCAGGCCUGCUACCACCAUCACAGCCCCUUUGUUGAGGACAGACCGAACCAACUGCAAGCCCGCCUGGAGCUGCUGCAGUCGCAACUCAACAGACUGGAGACCAGGAUGACAGCAGAUAUAAAUGUGAUCCUGCAGUUGCUGCAGAGGCAGAUGGCACCUGUACCCCCCGCCUACAGCGCCGUUUCCCCAGAACCGCUGGCCCACCCCGCUCACCCCACCAGCCUGUACACUACAGCAACGCAUACCACUAUGCCCUCUUUACAGAUCUCUGACAGUACAUCGCCUGGCAAGAGCCCUGACUUGUACAGCUUCAAAGAGAAGUCUCCAGACUCUUUGUCCAGUGGGAUCCACCUGACAGUUGCCUCCAAUGACACCAUGUCCAUGUCCCCAGAGACAGAGCUAGCUGUGCCCACAGGAGAGCCUCAUCUACAGCCCCCGGGACUGCUGUGUAGAAACCUGCGCUUCCCAUCACUCCCGGACAGUCUGGAGAAUCCAAGCACACUGGAGGGAUCACCAGAAAUCCAGAGGCACAUGUCCGAUCCAGUCUUACCUGGAAGCUAGAGGCCAAAA